AUGGAGCGUCGGUCGGGACUGCGGGUCCAGCUGGCGACGUACAAUGCCGGCCAGAUGUUCGACGGAUCGGGCGUGCCGGAUUUGCAGGAGUGGCUGGUCCCCACGGUGAGCGAGAGCCGACGCAGUGGGUACGCGACGACCGAUGCGGCAGCGGCCACGACGGCCAUGUCGCUGGGCCCGCGCGAGGCGCCGGAUAUCUAUGCGGUCGCGAUCCAAGAGUGUGCGCCGCUGCACAAGGCACUCGCUGGCAUGCAUACACAGGCCGUGGACCAAAUCGAUGUGGCCAUACGCCGAACUGUGCGCCUGCAUCAGUCGGUCGUGCGAGACGAUCGCAUGUACGAUCCAUUGGAGCUUGGAGGAGGCCCCGAGAACUAUGCGAAGAUGGCCGAGAUCUGCCAUGGGGGCCUGAUUCUUUUCGUCUAUGCCCGCGAGCGCCCCCCGCAGCGCACGCAGGGCCGCGAGCUGAGUGCCGCGCACCGGAUCAAAGAGGUGCGCACAUCGUUCGUCGGUACCGGCAUCGGCAUGGUGAUGGGCAACAAGGGCGCUGUGGGCGCACGCGUCGUGCUCUCCUCAGCUGUGCCGGGUGGCUGCGACGAGGUGUGCACGUUUGUCUGCGCGCACCUUGCCGCACACGACCACAACGUCCAGCGCCGGCAUGCCGAGUGGCGCGCGGUGUGCGAGCGCCUCGUGUUCGACCCUAUGAGCGUCCAAGUGCUGCCGCCUCUGCAGGAGCCCGUGUCCCAGGAAAAGCCAGCGACGGUCGACGCGGUGGACCCUCAUGCAUACUCGCUCUACGACACGCACCACCUGUUCGUGCUCGGCGACCUGAACUACCGCCUGGCUACGGGCGUCGAAGGCGUAUCGCCAGCGGGCCGCCACACGGCCCCUGGCACAUUCCCUCCCAUCACGCGCGGCGAUGUGCUGCAGGUGGCACGAACGUUCGAGUCCCAGCGAUGGACCUCGCUGGCUCCGUACGACCAACUGGUGCGGGAGCGCUUCGCGCCUACGCCGCGAACGAUGCACCAUUUGCACGUGCCAGAUAUGAGCGUGUACCAUAUUCCCCCGACGUACAAGUACAAGGCGCGAGGCGAGAUGGAGCAGCUCAGCACCAAGCGCCUGCCCGGCUGGCCCGACCGGCUCCUGUGGGGCUCGAGUGAUGCGUCAGCAGGAAACCAGGCGAUCCAAUGUGAGCUGUACCGCAGUAUCAUGCGGUACACGUACUCGGACCACAAGCCCGUCACAGCCAUUGUCCAACUCCCGCCGCACAUUCACCCGCUCUCGGAUCACAUGCAGACGCCAUUCCCUCUGCGUCCCCAAUGGCGGACGUGGCGGUCCGUGGGCCUCCUUGCGGACCGUGUCGUGGGCCUCGUGUGGUCAGGCCUGCUGUUCUUCGGACACGGCUACUUGGUUCUGGCCGUCGUGGAGCUCGCGCUGCUUGGCGUCGUAGGCUGGUAUUAUGUGCAUGGCCAGCUGGUGUGGCGCCUCUAG